AUGAUAGAGGCCUUAUCCUUCGCUAGAAGUCACAAUAAAGUUAUCGCAUUCGGGUUGGGCGGUGGAGCCAUGCAAAAUUAUCUUUUUCAAUUUCCGAAGGCAAAGAUUGACGUGCUAACCGUCGAAAUCGAUCCCGAUAUGGUAGAGGUCGCAAAGAAAUUUUACGGUUAUGUGCCGACAGAGUCGAAUCGGAUUGAGAUUACUGACGGGAUUGUUUAUGCUAAGGAAGCGUUGGCGAGAGGCGAAUUGUAUGAUUUUAUCGUCCUCGACGCGUGUUCUAACGAUAAGAAAAAUGUAGUUAUUUGCCCUAUUGAGGGUUUUCGGAAUGAAGAAACGAUAUCGGCAAUGGCCCAGAUCGUCAAUCCUACAGGCGGUCUCGUCGCGAAUAUCGUAGCUUACGAGAAUCCCAAUUUCAAGGAGGAAGAGAUCCGCAAACUGUUCUCGAAAUAUUUUGCAUCUUGUUUCUUGAUGAAAUAUCUGCCGGAGCAAAGGAUGCUAAUCUGUUCCCACCGACCGGAAUGGACCUUGAAAACACAGCGCAAGAAGUUCCUCGCGAAUCUGAGGACCCAGCAAGAAAAAUUGGGCAUUCGGGUAGUGGAUCCGCUGAUCGAAUUCAAUCCUGCA